ACGCCCAGUCGCUUCCUCCCCUGCUCCUUCAGGCCCCUUCGCUCUGCCAUGGCCAUGCCACUUCGCACUUUGCUUUGCUCAGCUGUGCUCGCCUUCGCCGUGGCAGAGGACACGGUCCAGGCACCCGCAACACAGCCAGAGGAGCUCCCCCAGACCUUUUGGGACAGCUUCGUCUACUGCAAGUGCGGCCUCUCCUGUGCAGAGAGGGAUGGUUCCAUCGGCAAGGCUUGUGGCUGCCAGAUGUGUGUGGAGAGCAACGCUACAUCCCUGCGUGGCAGCCAAGGCUCAUCUGCCACAGCCGAGGUGAAGGGCACGGCUAAGCCCGUGGAGGCACCCAAGCCCGAACAAGUGGAGCAGGCGGAGAGCGGCAAGCCGGUGGCGAUGGAGAAGACGCUGGGUUAUGGCUGGAACCUUCCUUCCACCAGCCCUGUCUCAUGCCCCUGCGGCAAGCGAUGUGCCAAAGGGCGCAUCCUCGGACUCUGGAACUACUGGUGCUUCCGCUAUGAGUGCCGGCCCUGCUGA